AUGCCCCGACCCAGCACUCCUCCUCGACUCCUUGACGAAACAGCCGUCUACAUCCGGGCGCUCUGCAGCUCCUGCGGUCUAACCCAGUCUGGUCCGAAAACCCUACUCGUCCAGCGCCUGCGUCACGCAGCCAGGCGGCACAAACCACUGACAUCCUCCUCCCGCAUCCUCAGCAUCGACCUCGGCCUCAAGAACUUCGCCUUCUGCCUGCUCAGCCCAGCACGAUCAACAAAAGAAAACAAAAACCAUUCUAUGGGUGCGCUGUUGAAUACGCCGGUGCAUCUUCAUGCGUGGAAUAGGCUGGAUUUGACGGCUGCGGUGCAGAGUUUUGGGGCUAGGUCAUCGCCGUUGAGGCCGGAGCCGUCAUCAUCACCACUGGAGGACAUCAUCGCUGAGACGCAGCCCUCGAAAAAGGAUCAGCAGGAAGACACGCUUCCUGACGACAUGUUCUCACCUGCCCGACUAUCCCUCGUCACGGCCCAUCUCGUCCGGACGCUUCUUCUGCCUCUACGCCCAACACAUGUCCUGAUUGAGAGGCAACGUUUUCGCACAGGUGGUAAUGCAGCAGUAUCUGAAUGGACGCUGCGUGUGGGAGCUCUGGAAGCCAUGAUCCAUGCCACAUUGGGGACGUAUCGAGACAUUCUGAAGGAUAAUCAAGCGCUCUCGACAGCAGGGUCGGGUAAGGGGUUGCCGACUGCUCAGGGGUCGGUCACCGGAGGCGAGUCAGCUCUAUCGUUGGCUGCCGGAUUAGAGAGUGUCAGCUCUGUCGUGCCGAAGCAGGGCUAUUUGGGUGGCUGGGAGUGGAGGAAGAUGUCGAGGAAAGAGAAGGCAAAGAAGAGGAAAGAUGGGGAAGUUGGAGAGAAUGAGGAGAAGUGGACGCAGGAAAAGUUGGAUGACUUGUCCGAUGCAGUGCUCCAAGGUCUGGUGUGGCUACAAUGGCAGCGGAACUUGGAAGAGAUCGUCAGGGACUGGCCAGAGUUGACGGAAGGGCAAGACACCACCGAUGUAUAG